AUGCAUACCACAGCACCCGUCGCUCUGCUCUGGGCUAAUCUACGUGGGGUAGGUGGGUGGGGAGGGACCGUAAGCGUGCAGUGGGGCAGGCGGGGCGGCAGUGUGGCUGGCUGGCACCCUUGUGGGAUGGGAUGGGGUGUCUCAAACGCCAUGCCUUGCUUUCACUUCAACGCUGCUGCGGUACUUACAGUUACAAUAGAUCCGCGCCUGGGGCUGAGCCCGCCCAAGGCGGAGGUGCUGGAGGAGCAGCACGCGGACUUCAACCCGGUAUCACCGUUCGUCACCGCGGGAGUCACGUUCGACCCCACCACGGGAGCGCCCGACUACUUUGGGUCCUUGGAAGCUGCUGUUGACCACUCGGAGAUUCUCAGCGACCCGGGCGACCAGGGCAUGUGCGCCUCGUGCUGGGCGUUUGCGGUGGAAGCGGCGGUGCAGGGCGCGUUUCGCCUCUUCUCAGGGUAUUUCACCACAAAGACCAGUCUGUCAGUGCAGCAGGUGCUGGACUGCUCGGUGGGCGGGUGCCGGGGGGGAUACCCCCAGGACGCGCUGCAGAUGUGGACGCAGAGGAACGUGACUGUGGACGAGGUGUACCCGUACCGAGCCAAGAAGGGCGAGUGCCUGCAAGUAACAGCACCGUACGGACACGCACGCCCUCAGCAACUCAGCAGCCUCUCUUCCUCUUCCUCCCACUCCUCCUCAUCCCCAUCGUCCCCAUCAUCCUCCUCCUCCGCCUCUUCCCUCUCCGCCUCGUCCUCCUCCUCUUCCGCCUCUGCGGCGUCCGUGUCCCCUCUGGGCUUUGUCUCGGGGCAAUCAGUGUCAAUCAACAUGUUCGAGCAGGUACCGCUGGCGGGAGCGGUGGGGCUGAUGCGCGUGCUGAUGAAGCAGCCAGUGGUGGUGAGCAUCUACGCGUCCAUGCAGGACUUUCAGGCCUACGAUGACUCGGGCAGCGUGUACGACAACGAGGCAUGCUUCGAUCCGUCCGCCCCGGUGCUGGACCACGUGGUGCUGGUGACGGGGUACGCGUUCGGAGGCGCGUCGUCCAACGAGAACUACUUCAUCAUCCGCAACAGCUGGGGCACCACGUGGGGCAUGAACGGCUACAUGCUCAUCUCCAUGACGGCGGCUGCCGCGGGGAUCUGUGGGAUGACGUACCAGCGAGGGCUGUACCCUGUGCUGCAUACGAGCGACCUCUUGGACCCGUGCUCCAUGUCCCCAUGCGGGGCGGGCACGUGCACGCAGACCAUGGUGGGCUCCUACACCUGCGUGUGCGACUACCCUCUCGUCGCCGCCUUACGCCGCGACGCCACCAAGACCUGCGUUCUCAAGAAGGUGUGUGCGUCGUUUGCGAGCAACCCGUGCGGCACGGGGCAGUGCGUGGACACGGGGACUGGCUCGUACACGUGCGCGUGCCCCUCCAACUACCGCACCAGUGCCCUCUCCUCUGGCCUCCUCACCUGCGCUCCCAGCGGUGCCGGCACGCCCGUGAACUCGUACCAGGUGCAGGGAGGGGACACGUGCUACGGUAUCUACGUCUUCCACGGCCUCUCAGAGGCUGACUUUCUCGCACAGAACCAGGAUGUGGACUGCAACAAUCUGGAACCAGGCACGUACGUGCAGGUGGAGCGAACCUCCAAGCCUGUGUGCUCCGUGCGCUACCCCAUUUCCCAGGUGGAUGCGACAGCAGGCAACUGUGACGCCAUCAACGCGCGCUUCUCCAUCGAUGCUGCUGCUGUCAACCCCGGCCUCGACUGUGCUAACUUGGUCCCUGGCCAGCAGCUCUGUGUGGAGUGGAGCGACUUUGAGCAGGGGUCGAGCAACUACGUGCUGUGCACGCAGUACCAGGACAUCACGCCCACCUCCACCUGCUCCUCCAUCCGCUCCACGUACGACCUCACGUGGCGCUCGCUGUACCGCUUCAACCCCGGCUUGCUGUGUGACAACAUCAAUGGGCUUGCCGGACAGGAGGUAUGCGUUGCCGGGGAGCCAUUGGGAGCGGUGGCGUGCGGUGCCUCACGGUCCAAAAAGGUGCCAAACCGCAGGUACAGUGUGCAAGGAGGCGACAGCUGUGCCUCUCUUGUCGUCGUGCAAUUCAAGCGCCAGUACCCUCUCGUUGCAGAGCUGAAUCGAAACUGGAUGUGCCGAACCCAAAGCCUUUACCAAGGAAUGCCUAUAUGCAUUCCGUCAUAG